AUGAGCUACGAUCCAGAAAAGAAUAUUGCUUUGGCAGCAGAGAAGAACUCACUCAACUCUUAUGAAGUUAACUCGCCCACCUCGGCUAGCGAUGCCGAGGUCCACGACGCCCACGUCCACAUCAUUGACCGUUGGGCCCACAAGUUGGGUGCAGAGACUAAAGGUCUCGACUUGGUCACCGACGAAGAGAAAACCGAUACCUCCUUGUGGAAUUCAGCCUCCAUGUGGCUCAGUGCCAACUUGGUCAUCGCCACUUUUGCUCUUGGUGCAUUGGGUAUCACCGUGUUUGACCUUGCGUUUGGCCAAGCAGUCUUGGUCAUUAUCUUUUUCAGUGCGUUGGGUAACUUCACCGUUGCCUACUUUUCAUGUUUUGGUCCGCCAUUGGGAUUGAGACAAAUCAUCUUGUCGAGAUUCAUGAUUGGUGAUAUCCCCGUGCGUAUCUUUAGUUUUAUAAAUGUUGUUGCCUGUGUGGGUUGGGGUGCUGUGAAUAUCAUGUCAAGUGCUCAAUUGUUGCACAUUGUUAACAACGGCUUAUUGCCUCCCUGGGCUGGAUGUUUGAUCUUGGUUGUGUGCACCAUCUUGGUCACCUUCUUUGGCUACCACGUGAUCCAUCUUUACGAGAAAUGGGCUUGGGUGCCAAAUUUCGCCAUCUUUAUUGUCAUCAUUGUCCAAUUUGCCAGAAGCGGCACCUUUUCCAGCGAUGCAUUUGUCGGUGGCGAAACUACUGCCGGUAAUGUCUUGAGUUUUGGCGGUACCGUAUUUGGUUUCGCUACUGGUUGGACCUCUUACGCCUCAGAUUAUACUGUUUACCAACCAAGAAACGCAAACUUGGUCAAGAUCUUUUUUGCCAUUUUCUUGGGUCUCUUUUUGCCAUUGGUUGCUACAUUGAUCUUGGGUGCUGCUUGUGCAACCGGUAUCGCGAAUAAGCCAGAAUGGGCUCAACUCUAUGCCGAAAACUCAGUUGGUGGCUUAGUUUACGGUAUUUUGGUUGUUGAUUCAUUGCACGGAUUUGGACAAUUUUGUUGUGUUGUGUUGGCCUUAUCAACCGUUGCCAAUAAUAUCCCAAAUAUGUACUCAAUGGCCUUGAGUGCACAAACUUUCUGGUCACCAAUGGCCAAAGUUCCUCGUAUUGUUUGGACUUUUGUAGGUAAUGGUGCUACCUUGGCUAUCUGUAUCCCAGCUUACUACAAGUUUGAAUCCGUGAUGGAGAAUUUCAUGAACUUGGUCUCGUACUACUUGGCCAUUUACGAAUCCUUGAUGUUGAGUUCGCAUUUUAUCUGGCACAAGGGUAACUUUAGAGCUUACGACUACACCCAAUACCAAAACAAGCAAGCAUACCCAAUUGGAUUAGCAGGAACCUUUGGUUUCUGUUGUGGUGUGGCCGGUGUUGUUGUCGGUAUGAACCAAACAUGGUACUCUGGUGUCAUUGCUAAACAAAUUGGAGACUACGGUGGAGAUAUUGCAUUCGAGUUGGCAUUUGCAUUUGCAUUCAUUGGUUUCAAUAUCACCCGAUAUUUCGAAAAGAAAUAUAUCCGUUAG